GACUAUAGCCACCUGGCGGAUCCUCAAGUGUGGAUCCAUGGCGCCGUACAAAUCUUCUUCUCCUUAGGCAUCGGAUAUGGCUGCAUCAUCUCCUUUGGCUCCUUCGGCAAGAAGUCCGCCAACUUCGUGCGCGACGCCUCGGGGGUGGCUCUGACGAACUGCGGCACCUCGAUCCUCGCCGGCUGCGUGGUCUUCCCCGUCUUGGGCUUCCUGGCCGCGGAGCUCCACGAGACAGACCCUUGCAUUGCGGGUGAUAGCUUGGAGAGUCUCAAGUCCAUUGGUCUGUCAGGGACAGGAUUGGCCUUCGUGGCUUUUCCCAUCGCCAUUUCGCAGAUGCCUGGGAGCUUCUUCUUCGCCAUUUUGUUCUUCUUCAUGAUGCUGAUCUUGGGCAUCGACUCCCAAUUCGCUUACAUCGAGGCGGUGGCCACGGUGCUGUGCGAUGCGGGUGUGGGAGACCGGCUGCCCCGUUGGGCCUUGUCUGGUUUGAUUUGCUUGGUGUCAUAUCUCAUCGGCAUCUUGUUUGUGACCAAUGCUGGCGUUUACUUUCUGGAGCUGUUUGAUAACUACAUCAGCAUCUACGUGAUGUUUGCCGUCGGCGCCCUCGAGUGCAUUGGCUUGAUGUGGACACGAAGGGGUCAAACCUGGGAGCACUUCCAAUCCCUUUGCUUGGAGAAUACGGGUUUGCACUUGGGUUGGAUUUGGAAGGCCAGCUGGGGCUACAUUUGUCCCACUCUUUGUGUCCUCCUGGUGGUGGUGAGCAUCACUCCGCCCUUCGCCAAAGCCGACGUCAUGGACGCGCGCAGCUCCAAGCCCUUCCCCGAAGGUGCUGGCUGUGUGGCCCAAUGUUUUGAAGAGCAGCCAGAGAAGCGGUCCCAAGAAGCAGUCAGCCAGUGGGAAGAGGAAGUGAAAGAGAGCAAGUACUACAAGGAGUUGGUCCAGCUUCCCGCGACGAAGAAGAUCAGCCCAAGUCCAAAGGACUGGAAGUGCGAGAAGAGCGGAGACACUCAAAACCUGUGGCUCAACUUGUCGGAUGGGUACAUCGGCGGGGGUCGACGGCAUUGGGAUGGCUCUGGCGGAAGUAACGGAGCUCUUGAGCAUUUCGAGGAGGAGAAGGCCAAGGCCAACUUCUUUCCAUUGGUGGUGAAGUUGGGCACCAUCACACCUGAUGGAGCUGACGUCUACUCCUACGCUCCCGAUGAGGACAAUCUCGUGAAGGAUCCCUUGCUGGCGCAGCAUCUGGAGCACUGGGGAAUCGAUGUGAUGAAGAUGGAGAAGACAGACAAGACCUUGGCCGAAAUGCAGGUGGACCUGAACCUGAACUACGACUGGUCCAGGAUUUGCGAGUCCGGGGACAAGCCACUGGUUCGUGUGCGGGGUCCUGGGCUGGUGGGCUUGAAGAACUUGGGGCAGUCAUGCUACAUGAACUCCUCCGUUCAAUUGCUGCUGGGCUUGCCUGAAGUGAAGCAGCGCUACAUGGAUGCUGACUUUAAGAUUCGCAAGUCGGCGCCUUCGGAUCUUCAAAACGAUCUCAUCGGUCAGGUGGCCAAGUUGGCCGAUGGCCUCAAUGGCUCUCGGUAUGCUCCGCCCUUGAAAGAAGGUGAAGAUGAGGAGGACCCCAAGCACGUCAUCGCGCCCCAGAUGUUCCGCACGCUGAUUGGGCGAGGGCAUCACGAAUUCAGCAGCUCCAGGCAACAAGAUGCCGCGGAGUUCGUGCAGUACUUCCUGGAGCAACUGACGCGCGCCGAGCGUAGUGCACUGGGCUCCCGGCUGUCCGGCGACCGCCCAAGCACCAGCAUGUUCAGCUUCUCCGUGGAGGAGCGACUUCAAGAAAGCACUGGAAGUCGCCGUGUGAAGUACAGCCGUGUGCAGCAGAACAUGUUGGGGAUUCCUGUCAAGCUGGAGGAUGCGGACAACCUCGAAGAGGUGUUGGCGUUCAAAGCCUCAAAGGAGAAGGAUGAGAGUGACGCAAAGAAGCUCAAGACCGAAGGCGUUGAAGAGCCCAAGCCUCUCAUCCAACUCUCGAAAUGCCUCGCGCGCUUGGCGGCCCCUGAGGAAGGCAUCCAGUUUCGAGGGACCUCCGCCUCCAAGACGACUCGGCUUGCAAGUAUGCCCAGGCCAAGGGUUUGACCAAACUGGCGGUGGGGGCCCUGUAGCUCGAAGUGAUCUGGGUAACUCGAGGUGAUCUAGGAAGAUGGGUAGCUCGAGGUGAUCGCUUUUCCACGACGAAACACGUCGCAUGUGGUCGGACCUUUGCCCACAAACGGCAGAUGGGUCGCUGAGAGGACCAGGAAGAGCUCCCUGGAAGAGCUUGAGCCAAGAACAAGACCAGGAGAUCCAGGUUUGUUGGGGUGUUUGUUCACCUUAUGUUCGGAAGGUCCUUUCUGCAUCCUGGUUAUUUCUGGUCAUUUCUGACAUCUUCAACCCCUGGCUUUGGAACCCCUGUGGAAGUAGCCGAGUAGCCAACCUUGGCCAACGGAAUUUGUUUUCAGGUGCUGUUACUCUCAUCAUCCCCAUUUUGCAUGAAACCUCCCGAGGCUGAUCGCUUCUCCGGUGGUCGACGGAUUUUUGUCGGAAACGAUUGGUGUGCUGGGAAGAUGGUGCUGCAAAUCGUCUUCUUUGGGGGGGGCUGAUUCGGCCCAAAUGGUGCGGACAUUUUGAGUUGGUCAGGCCUUCUACGAGGGGGGAAAAAAUGGGGACGAGCGACUCGGCACGCGGACGCGGUACUACGGCAGGUACCUGUUGGUGCAACUCCAACGGUACUACGUUGAUGAGAAGUGGUGCCCUGCGAAGCUGGACUGCAAGGUGCCCAUGCCUGAAACCCUGAACUUGGAGCACUUGAGGGGACGAGGCCUGCAGACAGGAG